AGUCAAAGUAUAGAUAUUUGUUAUGACAUAAUGCAGCGAUGUUAUUAAUGUCAAAAAGGAAUCAGAAAUUGUAAGAAUCAUUAGCAACGAUACACAUAGCUUUCAUCAAUGGCGGACCUCAAUUUCGCUUUCAUUUCUCUCAUUCUUCUUCUUCCUCUCGCACUCCUCCUUUUCCUAUACCUAAUUGUCCGUCCACGUCCCGUUAAGAUUCCUCUCAAGAGUCGCCAUGUCUUCAUUACCGGCGGAUCCAGCGGAAUCGGCCUCGCUUUGGCCCACCAGGCCGCGACCGAGGGCGCGCGAGUCUCCAUCCUAGCUCGUUCUCUCAAGAAGCUCGAGGAGGCAAAAGACGCUAUUCGACUAUCCACUGGCAUUGACGUGGCGGUCUACGCUGCCGAUGUUCGAGAUUACGAUGCCAUUUCGAAGGCUGUAGAUGAAGCAGGUCCAAUUGACGUUCUCAUUGUGAAUCAAGGCGUGUUUGUACCUCAGGAGCUGGCGGAGCAGGAAUUGGAUGAGGUGAAAUUCAUGUUAGAUGUGAAUUUAUUGGGCACGUUUAACAUGAUUAAAGCUGCCUUACCUGCAAUGAAGAAUAGAGUUGACCGUCGACCUGCAUCGAUCGCUCUCAUGUCUUCUCAAGCCGGUCAGGUGGGUAUUUAUGGUUACACGGCGUAUUCAGCUAGUAAGUUUGGGAUUCGAGGUUUGGCUGAAGCCUUGCAACAGGAGGUUAUUGGAGAUGACAUACAUAUUUCUCUUAUAUUUCCUCCAGACACUGACACUCCUGGAUUUGCAGAAGAGCAAAAGAAAAGACCUGAAUUGACCACUAUCAUUGCUGCUGGAGGAGGCAGUAUGAAACCCGAGUUAGUUGCCAAAAAAGCUUUUAAUGGCAUUAAAUCUGGCAGUUUCAUAAUUCCCUGCAACUUUGAGGGAGCAUUAUUGUCUGUAGCAACUGCUGGCUUAUCUCCUCAGAGAUCAUUCUUUAUGGCGUUCCUUGAAGUUGUUGGUGCUGGAGUAAUAAGGAUUGUGGCCUUGUGUUUUCAAUGGGUUUGGUACGGAAGUAUCGAAAAAUGGCAUGCACAAAGAAAAUAGAACCUAGAAGAUAUGGCUGGUUAGGCAGUUUCUUUCAUUUAUGGUUAUUAGCUAUCGAGUUCUCAACUCUGAAUUCGAAAAUAACUGGAAGUAAAGGCUCGGGCUUGCCAGAUCAGUUGAACACCAUUGCUUGACAGUCUAAAUAUUUGGUAGGGAAAAGGAUCAUGGAUGACUGAUUCAGUAGCAGUUCUCUAUCUUCCCCUUGGCUUGGCGAGCUGUGUAGUUUUCAGAGUUUUGACAAAGGAUUUCACGCGGUGUGUUUACUCUUUUCCUCUCUUUUUUUUUCAUGGUUAGAUGGGCUGCUGGAACUGGAUUUUCAUUCAAUUUCUUAGGAUUCUUUCUCACUUUUGCCAGUGGGAGAAGGAGUUGAAUUAAGUUUCAGGGACAUAAUUUGAUCAUGAGAUCAAGAGAUUUGUUUAGCAAAAUAGUUUCGUUAUCAUUAUCGUUUUCUUAGAAUGAAAAAUUUGCUGAAAAAAAAAACCAAUAACAGGUGGUAUGGCGUUAAUGUAUUGAAGUUUGGAA